GGCAACAUGAGGGAGAGGACAGGAAGGCGUGCAGCAGCAGCAGCAGCAACGGCAGCCAGCUGAGCAACCUGCACACUGUGGACGUCAAAACUGCCCGAAAACACAUCGCUUCACCGCACAGAUGGACGACACAGAGAAAGAUUCCCAGCAGCAUACGGAUUCAGCCCCAGAGGUGGGAGAAGAUGCAGCCACGUCAGUCGGUCCCUCAUCCCCUCCACCCGCCAUGACGGAGGAAGAGCGGCAGGAGCUGCAGGAAGACUUGGUCAAGGUGGAGGAUGAGAUCCAGACUCUGUCCCAGGUCCUGGCAGCCAAGGAGAGGCAGUUGGCGGACAUCAAGAGGAAGCUGGGCAUCACACCUUUGAAUGAGCUCAAACAGAACAUCUCCAAAACCUGGCAGGACGUCACCACCUCCACCGCCUAUAGGAGGACUUCUGAGACGCUCUCUCAGGCGAGUCUGAAGGCCUCGGCAGCUUUUUCUAAUGUUGGCUCAGCCAUCACCCGGAAGCUUGAGGAUGUGAGCAUGCGCUCAUUACAACACUCCACUAGCAUGCCUGUCAUGAGAAAUGCACCAACUUUCAAGUCAUUCGAGGAGAAAGUGGAGACUUUGAAGACCAAAAUGACCCCACCAGCAUCUGCCACUGACCCCGAGGAGCCGGACAACAGCGGAGCGACCCCCGAGUCUUUGCUCACUCAGCCGGAGGAUUCACCCACUCAGGAGAUGCCGAUGAACUGAGACUUGGCCAACGCCCACACUGAUCCACUCACCCUCCACUCCCUCCCUCCCUCCUCACUUCACUUCACUUUACUUCCUAACCCCUGGACCAUCACCACUGACCCCCCCACUCCCUCCCCAAACUGCCUGUGCCAGUCUCCCCCUAUACUGAAAACAAAUGACUUAACCCCAGCCGCCCUUGUCUUCUAAUAGUCUGGUGUCUUUGUGUGAAUUGUUCACCCACUAGUGUGGAAACUGAAAGCAGGGUGAUUGGGUGGGUGGUUUUAGGAGCAGGCACGCGAUCUCUUGUCAGUCGUUUCCUCUUUUUUUGUUGUUGCACCCCUCGUUAUCUCUGCCAAAUGUGGUCCGAGAUUUGUUUUGUUGUUUUCUGUAUCAAAAUAACAGAUUGUCACAUGUUUGUAUGCUUGCAUGAAGUAACUGCACAAACUUAAUUAGACAAGAAUUUUCACUGAAAAACUUCACUGUGUGUGUGUGUGUGUGUGUGUGAGAACCAGGCAGACCUUGGUCUGUUGCUUCUGCAUGGCCCAUUAUGAUAUGCUGGAUUUAUUAUUAUUAUUGUUAUUACAAGUUUUACCACCAUUUUAGGGGCUAUUCUUGGUUUACUAAGUGUUGCCUUGUUGGAGCCAAUAAUUCUCUUCACUGUCUAACACUGUGUUCAAAAUAUGAAUGAUUUCUCAUAACCGUUUUUAAACGCUGCCCUUUUAAAAAACACAUUUAAGAAUAAAUAAAGGCCACGAUGAGAUCGGAGGCAGAGCAAACGCAGUCGUGGGUUCGGCCUUGGCUCGAGGUGGGAGUGAAACAAAUGUUUCUUCCAGAGCCAAUAUCAAUAUUUCAACACUUUUCCAUUGUUUCUGUUCGGGAGGCUACACCUAGCCUCCUCAUGGCAAGAGAAUGCCCCACUUGUUUUAAAUUUGAUGAAGGAUUAACUGAUAAAGGGUAAUAUUAAAAUAUAGUAUGGGGUCACCAAAGUUUACCAGUAUUCUCUCUCUAUAUUUAGUUUUUUCUGCUCCUGUUUAUUGUUUUGAGGAGUUUCUGGGACGAUCUGAUCAAAAUGUUCUGUUACCAAAAACUCCAGUAUGAUAUACAGUGUUUUCAACAGUCUGAGGCCACUUAAACUACUGAACACACACAACCUCCACGUCUGAACGCAAAUCAGUGAGGAUUUCAAACCGUCGCACACCGACUGAUCCUCGCUCAGUGUUUUGGGAGAACUCCGUGUAAGACGGAGCGAGAGGGAGAUGCUGAGCCUCGGCAGCGGUUGUGCUUUUAACAUGAAUACUGUAUGUCCUCAUGUGACUUCACUGUGACCCAGAUCAUGGAGGAAAGUCCUUUUCAUAUCAGCAGUGACAAAUGUACGUGUAAUAAAUCAUGCAUACGGCAUCACAGA